AUGCAGUUGCUGCUGCCUUGGGUUGCUGUUGAGGCGGCUGAGUGUAUCAUCCAAUCCGGCUACACGGCCCUACACCAAGUUCAAAAAGCUUUGAUAUUUGAUGAUUCAAUCUCCACUACACUGGGUGCGGAGUAUGGUAAAAUAGUGGUAAGAACCCAGUACAUUCGUUUCCUGAACGUCAUGUUCGAGAUUAUAGGAGCCAUAUCUGGACUACACAUAGCAGACGAAUCCCUCGCCGAUCUGGCAUGGCAAACAAAAAGAUGGAAACCUUUGUAUGACCAGUUAUUCGACAUCAAAGAAGCCAUGAUAGCUGCCGAGCUCACACUGGAAAGCUGGCGGCACAAAUUCGAUAUCCAAGAGCAUAGACCGGUCAUCUACAUGCGAGUCCUCUUCGGUACGCAAGGCAACGAACGCAUCGAGGCUAUUUCAAGAACUAUCAACGGUACUACUCGGGCUAUUCGAAGCGCUAUCGACACUAUGAUUUCCCAACCGCUCAAAGUACAGGCAAUCACGACUCAACAUGAACACUUGCACAGCGCUUCGGGCAAGGAGCUCCUCAGAGAUUGUAUAAAACGCAUACAAGAGAAACCUUCCUGGUCACGCAAAUUUGUCCUAAGCAUGCUUGGACAAACAGAAGGUAUUCAAGUCUCCAUCGACAGACUUCAUCACUGGAUAACUGUGCUCGAGCGAAACUCGGAGUACUUCCUUGAGAAAGAGCAUCCAGAUAUCUUCGCGGGUAUCAAGAGACUCCCGGGACGCAAAAACAUUCUCAAGCUCGGUGAUGGUCAAAUGGACAAGGCACAGAGCAAGCUACUAGAGGCACUCGCUGCUCGCAAAGAUGCAGAUCUCUUGCACCGGGCGUCAGGGAAGGCCAGCCAGGUUCAUAUUGGUUUGUCUGUACCUCAGAUUCACAAAAGAGACUUUGCGGUUUUGCUUAACCUCGAUGGAAGGGCACACGAGAUACUUGUGCGUCCAGUCAAGAUCAAGACUGUCAAUGAUCCUACGCGGGUGCAGGCCGACUUGGCCUCGGCCGUGAAAACUCUGAUCAACAAACGUCACAACGCAUGCUACAUGCUGCCUUCCUCGUCUACCUCUGCUGGGUUCGAAAUUAAGAUGCCACCUACUCCCCUCCUAUCUGGUUUAAAGUACAAAGACUCUGUGUCUACCAUCAUAGGCGAUCAGAACACCCAUCUUGGUUCCCAGAGACUCUAUUCUCGCGAUCAGUCAGCGCUUGCCAGCAGCGUAGUCCAAGGUUCUUUCCGUCUCAUAGGCAGCCAAUGGCUUGAUUUCCUCGACUGCACAAAUGUUCGUUGGCGAAGGACUACAGAGGGCUCAUGCACGUGUAUGUUGAUGGCAAAACCAGGAGUAUCUCCGAUGACUCGCAGCCUACGACAGUGUAUUGCUGUCCAUCUUGAAACAAGGGACAAGCACGAUCUAUCGAAACAUAGCCAGAUCUUCCGCAUUGGGUUGGUCCUCGCCGAGAUUGUGCUCAAGGCGCAUGUGUCCUGUAUCGAACAUGAUAGUGCUUCGAACAGCAUGAAGAAAUACGUGGUACGUGGCGAGGAGAUGGAUGCUACCGAGGUGGCAUCUGAGGUGGAGCGGAGGGGGAACGUUUUCUUGGGCAAUAUGGUGUUCUUCUGCCUGAGGGCGCUGCAGGACCGUAGUGUCAUGGCGGAUAGAGGGAUUGAGAGUACAUUUUUCAAGGAAGUCAUGAAGGAUGCGGAGAAUCUUGAUGUGUUGGUUCGGGAAGACAAGAAGAGAGGCAUCAGUCCAGUGGGUAGUAUCGGUAGGAUCGGUGGUGGGUCAAGUACACCAAGGAGUGCGAGGUCGAGAAGAAGAAAUGCGACAUCUUCUUCUAUCCUGUCCGCCUUCCUUGAAUCCACAGUGCCUACCCAGCAGACAGCCGGGAAACGUGAAGUCUCCAGAGUCCAGGCCAUGCCUCUCGUGCUUGUCUGGGCAGGAUAUCCCGUGACUGCAAGGGCUAGCCGAACAAGGUCUAGCGGGAUAGCUUUGCUGCGGCGACAAGGGCACACAGCGCGCCCACCAUCACGGCAGUAUCUCUCAUCCUGCUUGACCGUCUCCCAGGGUCUCUCUCUCUCUCCUCAGGCAACUGCCUCCUGUCAUCAUCAUGCCAGCUUCAGGCUGGGCCAUGUCGCCAGUACAUAUGGUGGUCAUGCUGUCCCCAGCAGCCGUGACCCGCAGCACUACCUGUACCUACUGUACCGAGGAGUUUUUUUUUGCUUGCCCAAGAUGCCUGCCAUGUUGGAUGAUCCGACUGCUCCCAUCAUCUUUAGGACCUCUGGCGACACCCCAUAUCCCCCUCCAGGCGGUCCGCUUCCGGUCGGCAUUGCGCCCUGUCAAGUCACUCUGCGCGACCGCGUCACCACCGCGACGAUAAUACCCUUUUCCGCGCCAAACCAGGUCCCGCUCACCCUGUUGGCCUAUCUAUGCGAUCAGCUUGGCCGUGAGAUCGACAAAGGUGACACGUAUCCCAUGGUCGACCCGAUUUCGCUGGAGAAUUUCGGUCCUUACUGGUUUGGUGUGUUUGGUGCCAUCAUGCUACUGGGGGAGAUCCAGGAUGGCCGCGAACUGCACGAGAUGGCUCGGCGAGGAUGUGACUGGGAGCGGGAAUGCUUGGGCAGCUUCUACAUCAAACCGAACUAUCCUGGCCGAUCUAGUCAUGUUUGCAAUGGAGGCUUCUUGGUCACGGAUGCGUCGCGGAACCGCGGUGUCGGACGGCUGAUGGGCGAGACAUAUCUGGAUUGGGCACCGAAGCUGAUUCAGGGCUACACAUACUCCGUCUUCAAUCUAGUGUACGAGACCAAUGUGGCUUCAUGUCGCAUAUGGGAUGCGCUGGGUUUCAAGCGCAUUGGACGUGUCAAGGGCUGCGGUAAUCUCAAGUCCUAUCCAGAUGAGCUCGUCGACGCCAUCAUCUAUGGCCGCGAUCUGGGCCAGGAUGACGACUUUGUGUCCGAAGAACGCUUCGACAAGAUCCGCUUCUACCUGAAGAAUGGCAAAUAUCCCAACGGGGCGGAUAGGGCGGAGAAGAGCCGACUUCGAAGCGCUGCCACACACUACAAACUCACGCCUGGUGAAGGCGACGAGCCAGAGAAGCUGUGGCUCAAGGGCAAGGAAGUCAUUGCAGAUCCACAGCGACAGUAUGAGAUUGCGCGCGAGGUACAUCACCAGUCGCAUGGCGGUAUCAAUAAGACUACUGCCGCCAUUGCAGAACUGUAUCAUUGGGUUCGCAUCAAGGAGCUCGUCAGUCAGGUCAUACGCAACUGUCCCCAAUGCAGUGAGAUGAACAAGGGCCUCUCUGCGAUGCGCCAAGGCCAAAAUCAAGCCAGAUCUACUUCCUCAUACCUCAAGAGCACCGGACAAUCAGGACAGCAAUCAGGACAGUCACCACACACCCCGACCCCACCCUUACAAUGUCCCAACACCUCCCAAUCCCCAAUCCGCCCAGACUCCCCGGGCAACCAGCUCCAGCUCGAAGCCGCCGCCAACCAACAGCAAGACAUGUACCCCCCGUUCAACAGCACCGUCGGCUUCGACCUCCCCGUCGAUCCCGCCCUCAUGGACGGCAUCCAGCGUUCCAACAUCACACUCGCUGACCUCCCUCCCUCGCCCUUUCUCCAACCCGGUCAAGCUCCCGCAGGUAGUGCUCCCCUCAUCGGCACGCUCAAUCUCUCCCGUGGAAAUAUGCACGACCCCUCUGCUCAUUUAAACGUCGGCGCGUCCCAGGGCUUGCAUGAGCGCGCGGCGCAUAUGAAGGAUGAUAUCAGAGCGGGGAUACAUUGCGCGGCGGCGUAUAGCCAGAAGUAA